CCAUGGUCCUUCCCUGUAGUGAUCGUACCUAAGAAGGCUGGAGGGAUUCGCAUUUGCAUUGAUUAUCGAAAGCUGAAUGAUAUCACGAUUAAAGAUGUGUAUGCCCUCCCCUUGAUUGAUGAGUUAUUGAAUGCGAUUGGGAGUGCUCGAUUUUUCAGCAAGUUUGAUGUUCGGGAUUCAAUGUCCGAUGGGUAUCUGCAAUGCCCUUGCGACUUUUCAGUGAACCAUGAAUAUGGCCUUUCAGAACUUCGUACGGAAAACUCGUUUGGCACAGAGCAUCAUCAACUACUGCGUGAUUGUGUACAUGGAUGACAUCUUGGUGUAUUCGAGCUCCUAUGAAGGACACGUGCAGCACAUCGAAUGGACACUGCAUGCGUUACGAGAUGCCGGUUUCAAGGUGGCGCUUGAGAAGAGUCAGUUUUUUCUCACCACCAUUUCCUUCCUGGGGCAUGUGGUGACAGACAAAGGAAUCCAACCAGAGCCGCAGAAGGUGGCAGCUGUCAGGGACGCGCCAGUGCCUACUACUAUCACGCAAGUUCGUGCCUUUCUAGGCCUAGUCUCGUAUUACCGAAGAUUUAUUAAGGGCUUCGCGGCGAUUGCGGGACCCCUCACAAAUCUCCUAUGCAAGGAUCAACCGUUGAUCUGGACGCCGGAGUGCGAUCAAGCAUUUUCCAAACUCAAGGCUGCUCUCAUUUCGGCUUCGGUCCUUAUAAGACCGGAUCCUGAAAAGCCUUUUGUUCUCAUCACCGACUGGCAGCCAGAGGCGAUUUCGACGAUCCUUGCCCAGGUGGGACCAAGCGGACUCGAGAGUGCGGUGGAGUAUGCGUCCAAAUCAAUACCCGCCUGCAAGCGCAACUACGCCGCUCCGACGGGAGAAUGCUAUGCGGCCCUCUGGGGAAUCAGUCACUUUCGUGCUUACCUAUAUGGGCGAAAAUUCACCCUAGUGACUGAUCAUGAGCCCCUGUUGGCUCUGAAGAGGUCGAAGGAUUACUCGGGCAUGAUUGGGCGAUGGGCAACGGUGCUGCAGAGCAUGGACUUUGACAUCUGUCAUCGGAAGCACGAGAGACAUGGGAAUGCGGAUGGAUUGACACGACUGCACCGACCUGAGAAAGUUUCGAGGAAUGAGGAGGUGAUUCCGUGGAAUGAACCCGAGCAGAAGAUUGGACCCCAGUACGGCCAAGUGGAGAUUUUGUCGAAGCAGUAAGUGACACGAGGAUUAAUUUGCCUACUCUACUCUCUCCACAAUUCAGACCCGUCUCUUCCCCUCUGUCAUCAUGACUACCCCGUCUGACUUCACCACCCCUUCUUCUCCUACUAAUUUUGCCCCUCUUACUUCCUCAGCUUUCUUUGCCACCCUCCCCGACAAAUUCUAUUAUUUUUGCAUGUGCAUUGCACGGGUUUAUGGGAUCGACUGUCAUCCCUUCGAAACUGGGUUUGUCGAUUGGGUAGGAUGUGCCACGUGUGUCAAUCGUGCGCACGGGGUCUGCAUACGAUAUCGGGCGAGUAGCAAGGAAUGGAGGUGCCCCCUAUGUAGAACAAACAAACUCCCCACGG